CACGCUGACCCCAGCCUCAGCCCAAGCCUGUGACGACCAUAAAGGCGGAUCACAGUGGCUGCCUGUUCCAGGACUGAGGAUUUCAUUAGUUGUAAUUUGAUCAUGGAGAAUGCUGGCUCCUGCACGCCCAUUUGCCCGGGCAAGGUCACCAACUCCAAAGUUGAGGGUCUGAGCUGCGAUGGCAAGCCUCAACUGCCCGUGGCUGCUGCAAAAAACUCUAGGAGUCAGAAUAGCCGUGCCCAGCGACGUCGUGCAGCCACAGAUUGUGCAACCCAGGAGGACCAAUGCCAUCCCAGAAAGAUCUUUAUUGGGGGCCUUGCGCACAAGACUACCACGCAACACCUUCGUGACUACUUCGUGAAAUAUGGAGGGAUUGUUGAUGCGGUGGUCUUGCGUUGGCCAGAUGGCCGCUCUCGCGGCUUCGGCUACGUGACCUUUUCGGAGGCCCAAGGCGCCCAAGGAGCAUUGAACGACUCUCACCAAAUUGGGGGCAGACAAGUCGACGUGAAGAGGGCAGUGCCUGGAACGAACAAACUCUUCGUCGGCGGCUUGCCACAAAACACAACAGCUGCCGAGCUGCGAGAGCAUUUUGAGGCGUUUGGUACUAUGUCUGAUGCGGUGGUGAUGAUAGAUCCUGCCACAAAUCGCUCUCGGGGAUUUGGCUUCGUGUGCUUCUUGCCGGGUCAGGAGGGCGCGGCCUCUGCCGCGUUUGCCCUUGAGCAGUAUGAACAUCAUCGAAUCCGAGGCAAGUGGAUUGAGGUGAAGAGCGCGGCACCGCCUCACAAGUUGGCAAAGGAUGCUGCUUCUUCCCCUUCUGCAUCUGAAGGUCCAUAUCCAAUGUCUUCUCCAGCAGCCUCACCAAGCGGAAGCCCUUCUGCUGGAAGUUCACAGGCAUCCCCCCACAUCAUGUCGCUGACUCAAGCACUGAAAGUUCCUCUCGCAAGCGCUGGACCACAAUCUCAGGAACGACCAGUGGCUUCGCCCCAACACCGCAAUCGCCUCCUUCAGACCUUGUCAUUCGGCACCACCAAAUCUUCUCUCGAGCCUCAGAAGGUGAUGUUGCCAGGAGCUGUGGGCUCCCCACCGGGCCUUGGUGCCACUGCAGCAGCAGCUCUUGCUGCAAUGCGUGCAAUGGGAUCACCACCAGGGCUCGAUAUCGAGGAAGAACCUGAGGCGGAAGCUGGGAGAAUCGAAGUUGUUGAGAUCAGGGUGCUGCUCAACUGUUUGAAACCGGAGGUUGCCGAAGAUGAAGAAGAGCCUGGGUCCUCAAGAUGGAUUUAG